UGUAUUUUUAAAUGUUCAACCCUGGGAUUUUACAAGACUCAUCCAACUAUCUAACAACGGAGUCUGGUGCAAAUUCAAGUCUAUAUUCACUGGCUGCUUGGUGAACUUGACAGCUUUGUCUGUUUUUGCAUAAUGAACCAUGCAUGGUGUGUGAGAUGCCUGUGACAGUGCGUGAGAUCCAUGUUUCCUCGGAGUCAGAAAUCUCCUAUUUCCUGCAAGUAGAGUGGAAGGGGCGGGACUUAGGCUCUGGUUUCCUGUUAAUGCUUACUGAUGGACAGAACUCAUGGAGAGGAGAGGUAUCAGAAGAUGCAGUUAUGGAGGAGGCAGAGGAGUUGGAGAUGCAGACAGAUCGUUACAUCCAGGACCUCCAGGAGGCUCUGACUGGGACAGGAUCUUCCUCUUCUGACUACAGCUUCACCUUGACCUCUGACCCCAGCCCAGGUGUCAACAUGACUCUGGCGUACGAGAAAGUGCAGAUGGAGAUCUCGUUCCGCCUGGGUUCUGUGUUGCUGUGUGAGGUUCCGGAGCCCGUGGAAGAGGUCCGAACAUUGCUGACUCAUGGUCUAGAACUUGGAACCAAACUGCAGAAACACAACCAAUCACUUAAGGAGGAGAACCACAGACUCAAACAGGAGCUACAACACAUUAAUGCAGAGAUGCAGAGGUACGUCAAAGGUAAGGAGACACUGGAGUCAGAGUUGUACUCUCGUUUUGUCUUGGUGUUGAAUGAGAAGAAAGCCAAGAUACGCUGUCUAAAGGAGAACAUCACACACCUUGAGGAGACCAGGGAAGACAGAGGGAGUAGUUCUGGGAAAAGAAUGAAACAGUCAACAGUGGAGACCAGGGAGGAGGAGGAGGAUAUGUAUGGAGCGAGCACUGAUGAAGAGGAGCCUGCCUCCACAACAAAUACCAAAGGGAUGACGCGAAGCCACAGCCCAUUGGAUAGUAGUCCAAAUGACAUCACAGAUGUGGCGCCCUGCCGCAAACGCCGCUUACGCCACCUACAGCCUCCAGAAACGGUUGCUACGAGACCAAUCACAGAGCCAGCGCCGAAGCCGAGGAGGGCCCCCCCACCUUCGUCCAGGGCAGCAGCCAACAAGGAACAGCGUUCCACUGAUGUCAGUCCUGAUGCUGAGGACCUGUUUGAGGACUUCUGAAUCUGAUGUUGCUCUUCAUCCUCCUGUCCGCAGGUCCCAACUCACUCCCUUCCACUUAGCUCCAAUCUUCGUACGUU